AGCCAAUCGGCCGACAUGUAAAGAUCGGGCCAACUCGAUGACUGUUUGCCAAAUUCAUGCGAGCUAUGCUCUGGAUCAUAGGGGCACUGCUCCCUUCCGCCGUCGCCCUUCGUCCAGAGAUGAGGAUUAACGCAGGGCCUUCACACUGCACUGUACUGGAUCAUCAGAUUCUCUUCAAGCGCUUUCGCAUCGGGGUGAAGGAAGGCCGGCCCUGCCAGAAGGAAGCAGAGUGGAACCGGCAUUUAGUCUAUGAGAACCCGGACUCCCCCGACGUGAUCGCGCUGUUCGUCUAUCCAGAGGACGACCAGCAUGCCCUGGACUUCUGCGAGCGGCUCUUGCACGGGCCCCUCUGCCCCAGGCUGCUUUCGCAGUCCCACCACCACUCCGUGCACUUUCACCGUGUCGGCAGUGUGCUGGAGGCAAAGAAGAUCGUGCAGGCGUUGCCGUCGCACACGAUCAUCAAGACCUUGGUCCUAGGCGGAUACGCGGGGCCGGGGCUCCACUGGGCACGAGAUGCGGAGGUCCGAGCGCUGAGUGCGGAGGAUGAUGACUCCGACGAUUUUAUCUACGCGCUCCUUCCAUUUCUCAUCGCGCAGAGGGUGCGUUUCCAGCAUGCGCCGGUGACUCCCACCUGUGGCGCGGCGGGAAGUCUCGCCUCGAUGGCCAGUCUGGUGGUCUUCGACAUUUGCGGGGAAGCGGAAGCAGAAGCAGGCGGCGCAGAGCUCAUGGGCCACGUGGCGCAUCGACUGCUGGGCACGCGGAUCUUCACUGCCGGCAGCUCCUGGUGCCAGGCACCGGGACCAGCGGAGGCUCUGGAUGAGGACCUCUCCAGGAGCCUUUGCCGCGCCAGCAAGCCCUGGCGCGAGUGGCCCAUGUCUGAGGAGAUCAGCGGGGCAGAACGAAGUCACUGGCUCUUUGCUGAUAGAAGCUUCUGCCAGAACUGGAUGGCCAGCUACAGUGGCACGCACUUCGAUCUCGUUGAGAAUUGCCGUGAAAGAUGUGAGAAGGAGAGCAGGUGCCGUGCCUUUACCUUUUACGCGGGCAGCUCCAAGCGCGGCAGGCAUUGCUACCUGUCUGAGGAUUGCAUGCUCUCCAAGUCCUUUAAAGGCGGUUCGGUGUAUGUGAAGACGCAAUGAGGAGCCCUAGGGUUGCUCCCAUCGGCGAGCCUCGGUGCUUUGAGGCACCGACUUGUCCAAAGCUUUCGAC